GUUGUAGCCAGCCUUCGGAUAGCCGGAAUAAUACUACCGGUUAUAUCCGUUAAGGUUAUUGAUUCAGUUGUCCGACUUCCAAGUCAUCUCAGCAGCUGACGGUGCAGUCACAGCUGCAUGUCUCUACAUCAGCCAAGCUUCUUUCCGACAACUGCACUAGACCAUGCGGCAGCAGGCCUCGGAGCAGGCGUCGUCGCCGUCCUAUGCAUGCACCCUCUCGAUCUUCUCAAAGUCAAGUUACAGGUAGCAACAAAAAACCCGCAGGGUGGAAUCGGAAAAGCCAUAUGGAACUCUUUGCGUGAAAUACACGCCAGUGAAGGGUGGAAAGGGCUGUACCGAGGCGUAGGACCAAAUAUUGCGGGGAACGCUUCGAGCUGGGGACUCUACUUUCUUUUCUACAACAUGUUGAAGAAGCGUGCAUCCGGAGACGACCCGAAUUAUAGGAUGUCCCCCGGGGCAUACCUACUCUGUUCCGCUCAAGCGAGUGCGGUCACAGCUAUAAUGACCAACCCUAUAUGGGUUGUGAAAGUGCGUAUGUUUACGACGCGUGCCGAUUCACCGACGUCAUAUCGUAGCCUCUCAGACGGUAUUACUUCGAUAUGGAAGCACGAAGGCUUCGCUGGCCUGUGGAAAGGGACCAGUUUGGCCUUGGUCGGUGUCAGCAACGGCGCGGUGCAGUUCAUGGCAUACGAAGAGAUGAAACGAUGGGGUUUCGAACAAAAACGAAAACGGUUUGCAAAGGCCGGAAAGGUGAUGGGACCGGAGGACGACAAGCUCUCAAACACUUCCUACACAUUAAUGUCCGGUGCUAGCAAGCUCUGGGCUCUUGCGCUUACUUAUCCAUACCAAGUCAUUCGUUCUCGAAUACAGAACAAUGCCACCACUCACUUAUACCCCGACAUAUCGACCACCAUCAAACGCACUUGGCAAGGCGAAAGGAUUCGCGGGUUCUAUCGUGGGAUGGGGACGAACCUCGUACGCGUUCUUCCUGGGACUUGCGUCACUUUUGUUGUAUACGAGAACCUUGCAUGGUUAUUACGGACAUCUGCGGCGCGAAGGGAAGCAAAAAGACGAGACCCAACUACCGAGGAGGAUUGAAUCCACAAAAAUAUCUUAGUUAAUAAACAGCGCGCCUCCUCGCUAUUAGAAAAAGUAGCUUCCUCCAAAGUCAUUUUUCAUUCCCUGAUAGGUAAAAUCUACACCCCGAGCAAAGGUUCAGCCUUACAGACUUGGACCCUCGGCCUACUGCUUGGUAGGCACCUUCUGCACGACUCUGGCUCGAUCGAGUUCAGGUUUGUACCCCCGCGAAGCUGUUCCUCCAAGUAUCAUGCCAUCGCGGCCUUUCCUGCGAACACCAUCCGACGUGUAGAUUCAUCGCUAGCAUUCGUAUUGUCAUUCAUGUAUAUAGAGUACACACUUCGUAAGACAGUCAUAUAUUGUACGUGAAUCGAGCGUAUCAC